AUGCAGCUUGGGGGUCAAUGGUGGUGUGACUGGGGCUUCUAUGCUCGACAUCAAUACAGCAUCGAGAACAAAGUGCUGUAUGGUGACGACUUCCCACCUACUGUGUUUGCUGCCUAUCCGAGCACAGGAGGCGUAUGGGCGGCCAGAUAUAAUAACAUCCAUCAAUGGCGCUGGGAUACGUUUUAUAACUAUGCGAAAAUACCGAAGCCAAUGUUGCCCGACGUACCAUACGGGUUGGAGGCUGCCCUCGCAUGGACGCGGAGCAUGGAUGAGGAAGCGCUGGUGCUGGAAAAGUACGGCGCCACCUUUUAUUCUAGGGUUAAAGACUGUCCGUAUCUACCGACUACAGUGGAAGAGGGCAAAGCGCUAUUUGAACGGUUUGAAGAGCUGUUGGAAAAGUAUCCAACGGAGCAUCCGGACCUGCGGCCACGCAAGACGGCGUUUAAUAGGGUAUCUGAGGACAUAUAUGAGGAAGACGAGGCCUAUGCGGCUUUUCGCGACGAGAACAACGAGAACGAGGGGAGGCUGUGGGGGUUUAUGCGCAGUCUGUUCUGA